AUGGAAGACGACGGGAUUUUGUUGAACUUUGCAGCACCAUCGGCUGCCAGCACGAAAAAGGCGGUCUCCAAAGUUACUGGUGGUAAAUGGAAAGAUCGUAGAAAAUUGCAGCUUUCGCUUCAAGGUAGAGGUAGAGGAAGCAACAAGGAAAAGUCUGUAGCAAGUGGAGUUAAUAAUACCAAACUUGAAAAAAAGAGGCCCCAAACAGGAGAUGCAUCUGCUCCAGGACCAAAAAAGAGACAUACUACAAGUACAGGGGGUCCUUCUCUGAGAUCAAUCAAGUUUGCAGAAUCAGGUGGAGAAUCUGGAGGAAAGAACAAUUCAUAUGUUUCAUCUCUUUUCACCUCCAAUGAAGAGUCCAAGCUCCUGGCUCAAGAUAACAACAAUGAGAAGUCAACAGAGGCUGCCUCUAAUGCUCCUUUGGAUACCAAUUCAUUUGACGGACUUGGAUUAAACACCAGAUUGGCUUCUCAUUUGGCUGAGUCUCUUCGUUUCAAGCACCCUACCAAAGUGCAACAAGCAGUGAUCCCCAAAUUGGCUCUUAAUGCCGUAACUAGAGAUUUGUUUGUGAAGGCACAAACUGGUUCUGGUAAAACACUUUCAUUUUUGUUACCUCUCUUCCAUAAGCUCAUGACUACCCCAGAAGCUAACCGUAUCAAUAGAGAGCUGGGGUUAUUUGCCAUUAUCUUGGUCCCUACCAGAGAAUUAGCCACUCAAAUCUAUGGGGUCAUGGAGUCAUUAACCCGUUGCUACCAUCAUAUAGUUCCUGGUAUUGUUAUUGGUGGAGAGAAGAAGAAAUCUGAAAAGGCUAGGUUAAGAAAGGGUGUGAACAUACUCGUAGCCACACCUGGUCGUUUGGCUGAUCAUAUGGAGAACACAGAAACUUUCAAUGUCAGCCAACUAAGAUGGCUAAUCUUAGAUGAAGGUGAUAAGUUAAUGGAAUUGGGAUUCGAAGAGACAAUCACUAAGAUUAUCACAAAGAUUGACGAGGAAUCUAGGAUAUACGAAACUAAGUUGAAAUGGAAUAACUUACCUCACAAGAGAGUCAAUGUAUUGUGUUCAGCUACCAUGCAAGGAAAUGUCAAGAAAUUAGGUGGUAUCGUGUUGAACAAUGCAGAAAUGAUCAAUAUUGAAAGAGAUGGACCUGUAGGUACUACAGAGUUUAACACUGACUAUGAAAAACCAAUAACUGGGGAUGAUGGUGAAGAAAUAGACAUUCAAGCUAUGCAUGCUCCAGAUCAGUUGAUUCAAAAGGUCGUAGUCGUACCUCCCAAAUUAAGGCUUGUUACAUUAUCUGCUCUUUUGAAGCGUAUAGUCAAAACUGAAAAUUCUGACUUAAAUACCCGUACGAUUGUCUUUUUUUCGUGUUCAGAUUCUGUUGAUUUCCACUUUGACACAUUUACCAGAGGGGGACGUCAAUUCAAAAAGAUUAGAAACCAAGAAACCGAUAAAUAUGAUGUUGAAAUGAUUCCGUAUGACAAGGAUGAUGCAGAAAGAGAUGAAACUGCAAGUGUAUUGACGGCCCCAAUUUUGGGAAGUAAUAAUGUCAUUAUUCAUAAGCUCCAUGGUUCUUUAUCUCAACAGAUUCGUACUUCUACCUUACAAUCCUUUGUAAAGGGUAAGUUUCCAAACGGUAGAGAAGAAAGUGCUGACGCUGUUGUCAGCAAGCACUCAAUUUUGUUCUGUACCGAUGUUGCAUCUAGAGGUUUGGAUUUGCCUAGUAUUUCACAAGUUAUUGAAUUUGAUCCUCCAUUCACUAUUGAAGAUCAUUUGCACAGAAUUGGUAGAACUGCCCGUGUGGGCCGUGAAGGUGAAGCCACUUUAUUCUUACUUCCAGGAAACGAAGAAGCGUACGUAGAAGGAAAGCUUACGAUCGUACACCCGAAGAGCAGCAACUUGAGAAUUAUAGGUUAUGAAAACAUCUUGAAGGAAGGCUUUUCUGAUACAUCCUCGUCCGCAAGUACUGCAAAGAAGGAUCCCAAGCACAAGGAUGGUAAGUGGGAUGUACACGCCACGACAUGGCAUUUAGAUGUAGAAAGAUGGUUGCUUGAAGAUCAGUCAGCACAUGACCUUGCGGUCCAAGCUUUCACUUCUCAUAUCCGUGCUUAUGCUACACAUUUGUCUACCGAGAGACAAUUUUUCAAUAUCAAACUUUUGCACUUGGGUCAUUUAGCCAAAAGUUUUGGUCUUAGAGAAACGCCAAAGAAAUUAGGAAAAUCUGUCGGAACAAAUACUACAAUCCAAGAGGGUAUUCAACCUAGAAGAAAGAAUGAAGAUCCAAGAAAGAAGAUGUUAAGAAUGGCUAAAAUGGCUGUUAAUUCAAAUAGUGAUGAAUUUAACUAUUAA